AAAGUCGAAAAGUAAUUCGCUUCAAAAAUGAUUAUGAAAAAUCUCUGAGGAAUUCAAUCAGUGGCGGAUCCAGGAAUUUUUGAAGGGAGUGGCGGGGAAGAGAAAAAUAAAGUCCAAUAGGCGGAAGGGGUGGCGGUUUAGACAACAAUGUAAGAUAUCCAUGAAAAAUCACUAGGAAACAACGUGAAGUUAAGUUCGAAGGGGGUGGCGGUCGCCACCCCCGCCACCCCCCUGGAUCCGCCACUGAAUUCAAUAUAAUAAAUUUGGAUGUAAAUCAAAAUUGAGAUCGCUAAAUAAAAUUCAUAGUUUCAUAAAUCUACUUAAAGUGCAUUAGCAACUUCGUAACCUGCCAUUAAAAGUAUGAGUCAUUGGGUCUUGACAUCUUACCCUUUGAUGAUUUUUCUUUACUUUUUUUCCCAUUAGAUAAAAUAAUAAAUAUCUUUUUUUAAUAUAGCUAUAUUUUUUUGUUUUGCUGAAAUAUAUGGCAUCAUCAACACCACAAUUUCAAACUUUAAUAACAAUAGGAGAAUUUCGUGAAUUAAUCAAUAAACAUUUUGAAAAACAAAUUUCUGAAGGUGAAAUAUAUGAUGCUAGAGAUAUUGAACGUUUUAAUAAAAUCGAUGAAUAUACUUUAAUGUUUAUACAACAUGGUCAAUUUGGUACAAGUUUUAAUCAAGAUCGAGCAUUACAUAUAUUUGAUGAAUCAAUGAGUUGGCGAAAACAACAUAAUGUUUAUGAUAUCUCUACAAGUGCAUUUCCAGCUGAGUAUUUUGAUCGAAAUAUAAUCUAUUAUAAAAAUUAUGAUAAAUUUAAUCAUCCUAUACUUCAUUUUGUUAUUCGCAAUCUUAGGAAAGGACAUGAAGAUAAUGAAGCAAUUAAACGUUUAAUAACAUACAAUUUUGAAAAAUAUAUCCGAGAAAGUCCUGGCAAACAUAUUGUUGUACUUUUUGAUAUGAGUGGAGCCGGUAUUGGAAAUUUAGAUUAUGAUAUAGUUAAAUUUAUUAUUGCUAGUAUGCAAACCUACUAUCCAGGUUUAUUAGGUACGGUGGUAGAAAAUUCGUUUGAUUUAUAUAUAUAUAUAUAUAUUUUCUUUUUUGUAGCCUAUCUUCUUAUGUUUCAAAUGCCAUUUCUUUUAUCAGCGGCUUGGAAGUUAAUUCGUACUUGGAUGUCGAGUGAAGCUGACCGAUAUAUAAAAUUUACUGAUACUAAAUCAAUCACGGAUUACAUUUCACCGGAUCAAUUACCAAAACAUAUGGGUGGUACUGCUGAUGAAAGCUAA